AAUGUUUUGACAUAUAUUUGGAAAAGAAGGCAUUUGCUUUUCCAUGAAAAAUUAAUAAAUUUAGAAACCCGCUUCUACUGUACAAUACUAUGUCAGAUUAUUACAAGAUUCUAAAAGUUUCCAAAAAUGCUUCUACCGAAGAAAUAAAAAAAGCAUAUAAGAAAUUGGCUCUAAAGUGGCAUCCUGAUAAAAACCCAGAUAAUAAGGAAGAAGCAACCAAGAAGUUUCGAGAGAUUUCAGAAGCUUACGAGGUGUUGUCUGAUAGUAAGAAAAGAAGAACUUAUGAUAAUUAUGGAACUAUAAACCCGGAGAGAACAUCAACGCCCAGCUUUGGAAACUUGUUUGAUUUUGAAAGAAAUGGUUUUAGUUUUACGUUUAGGGAUCCUGAAGAAGUUUUCCGUGAAUUUUUUGGAUCUAGUAUUUUCGACUUUUUUGGCGAGGGCUUUUUAUCUCACCGAAGCAAAAAUCGAUCAGGAUUUAAUCGCAACAAUCAUCCCAGCAGCAGUACUGGUAUGUCGCUUUUUAGUCCUAUGGGUGGUGGGUUCCUUGAUGGAUUUUUAUCAGAGCCAGGAGAAAAUUUCGGGACAGCGUUCAGUUCUAUGGAAAGUUCCUUUAGUUCUGGCAAUUCCCCAAAUGGUUCCUACAUGAAAAAAGUGUCAACAUCGACAAAAAUUGUAAAUGGUAAGAAAGUGACAACCACAAAAGUAGUUGAAAAUGGACAAGAAACAGUUAUGAAGUACGAGAAUGACGUUUUAAGAUCAAAGAUAAUAAAUGGUGUACCCCAGAAUAUAAAACAUAUCGAUUAUAAGAAAUAGUGUGAGCAACGAGCUAUUUAAACAGUUCUUUUUAUUAAAAUGAGUAGUUUACUGAAAAUCUGAUUUUUGGUUACUGACCUAUUCUGUUAAAACCAAAAAAUUACCAAUAAUAAACGUUUGUAAUAAA